AUGUCAGCUCAACAGGACAAGCAUGGGGAGCUGCCGACCAUGGAGGAUCAGAUCAACGCCGUUGGCUUCGGCAGGUUCCACAUCCUGGCCGUCACGACUUUCAUCCUCUUCAUCAUCAGCGAUGGGAUGGAGCUGGUGGUGACCAACGUGAUAUGGAGAGCGAUGCCCGUCGAGGAGUGGGGAGGAGACGACAGCAUGAGGGCGCUUCUAGUGUCGCUGUCGUUCUCGGGCUUCGUGGUCGGGGCGAUCAUAGGAGGACAGCUGGGCGACACUUUCGGGAGGAAGCCGAUCCUCUACGCUCACACCAUGGUGUUCGUGCCCUUUUCCAUCGCAUCCGCCACGUCGGAGAGCUUCUACCAGCUUGCGGUCACGCGCUUUCUGAUCGGCAUAUCCAUGGGGCUGGUGCUGCCGACCUCUGUCGCGCUCAUGGCAGAGCUCUCUCCCUGUAACGUCCGCUCAAGGCUCAUCCUUCUCAUCCCUGGGUUGGCGCAUGUAGCAGGACAAGUUACUGUGCUGACGGUAGGGAUCGUGCUGAUGGGGUACUACGGAUGGAACUGCGAGAAGUGCAGCUGGUGGCGAGGGAUGCUGGUCGCAGGAGUCGUGCCAGACGUCGUGGCCGUCCUGAUGGUGUACCUCUACAUCCCGGAGUCCCCCAGAUUCUUGCUGUCGCAGGGGAGGACCGCGGAGGCUGAAGCGAUCAUCAGGAGCAUCGCCGAGACCAACGGGACAGAGUCGCAGCUUCUCCAUCAGGGAGCUAUCAGGCCCGUCAAGGAGGAGCACGACAAGGCAGAGGCGAGCAUGGAGGCUUGGCAGCUGAUGGGGGAGCUGUUCAAGCCUCCCAUGAACAGAAUCCUUCCUCUGGUCGUGGGGAUCUGGAGCUUGCUGGCGGUCGGUCUGUUUAGCCAGUCGUUCGCGUACCCUGUGCUGCUGGAACGAGAUCCCACCAUCACCGCCUUCGACCAGUACUGGCUGAUGAUCCAGCUUGCUUUCAUCGAGAUCCCGGGGCUGGUGGUGCUGAUUUGGGCGCUGGAGGGGACGCACGUGGGGAGGAGAGAGAUCCUGCUCGUGCUGUCGCUUGCCUCUGUCGUGGUCGCCGGCAUCAUGAUCAUGAUCUCCGACAAGGGGACGACGUGGCUUCACCUGGGAAGCAUGGGGCUGAGGCUCAUAGUGGUGUUGCCCUACGAGGCCAUGUACAUCUUCGCGGCAGAGCUUCUUCCUACGUCGCAUCGCAACCUGGGCCUGUCGCUGGGCAACGGGGCGACGAAGCUGGUCGCAGCGCUGAUGCCGCUGGUGCUCAUGCCUCUCAUUCACUUGUGGGGGGCUUCGGUCUUUCUCGUCAUCCUGCUGGCGGAGGUGCUGGCUGCGCUUCUCGUGUGGGUCUCUCCUCACACCGACGACGUCUUGUACGACUGCGUGGAAGAGAUGCCCAAGACGGUGAACGAGUCGGCGCCGCUUCUGCCCAAGGACGCAACGGGUCUGCUUCACGCCAGGGACGAGAUGCUGGAGUGGCUAAAGCAGAGAGUCAUCGCUUGGCUCCUCUCUCGCCAUGUGGGUAGGUGGAUCAUGGUGGACCGCAACAACCUGCACAGUGACACCUCGGGCGCGGUGUGGAGGCUCGUUGCAGAGGAUCUCCUGAUCCGAAAAGAUUGCCUUGAUGGUAUGGGACUCCCAUUUCGAGUUCAAAGUGGAUUGGUCAGGAAUUUCACAAUCGAUUGGCACAAAGAGCAGAGUGUGAUCUUUUCCGUGGACACCGUUCAUGUCUCCCUGGAGACAUGUGACGUGAGGGAUAUUUCCAAGGAAGAGGCGGAGGAGAGGCAGCUAUCAAGCAAGCUGAAACUGCUCGAUGAAUGGGAAAUGCAGCUUGACGACAGCAUCUCAAAGAAGCAGGACGCUGAAACAUCGCAGAGUGAGCCCGACGAGAAUGUCCCGAAGAUGUAUCGAGCUUUUCUUGACAAGCUUGAAGUCAGAGUGAGCAAUGUACAUCUCUCGUUUCAAGAUUCAACACGUGGAACAAAAUAUGGGAUGGUCAUCGAGAACGUCUCCUUCGAGAACAGUGAAGGUCUAGACCUCGCCACCGGGUUUGCCGAGCAUAUCCAGAAGAUGAUCUCCCUGCUUGGCUGCAGCAUCUACGUAGACACACUCUCGUCUGAGUCAAAGACAAACCCUCUGAGUGAGGAGAAAAACCUCGUCCUGAAACCUCUGAGUGCAAGCUGCUGUAUCGGGUAUGACCGCCCAAGAGCCAAACCUGACGUGAACAGGCCCAAAGUGACGAUCAAGCUGAAAACCCCCGUGUUGAGUGUGACUCUUGAUCAUGCUCAAGUCGAAAGCUCCCUCUCCCUCCUGACUCUGCUCGAGCGCAAGACAAGCUUCAACGUGUUGGAGGCGGCAAAGCCUUCGGUUCCUGUAGCUCAGAGCCCGAGGUUGUGGUGGAAUUACGCGAUAGGCAAGGUGGUCGAGGACGUUAAGGAGAGGAGAAAGAGAUUCUCUGAUGUCUACAUGCGUCAACGACGGAGAGAUCGACUGGAUUAUGUAGAGAUCUACCUCAAACGCCGGAAGGGGAAAUUAUGCAAAUCGGAUGAGAGCAAGUUUUGCCAGCUGGAGAGGAAUUACGGGUACUCCGACAUUAUUUACUUUCGUUGUACUGCUAUCUCCCAGUCUAAGAUGAGAUCACAAGAGGCUGUGUCCAGCAAGAACCAAUCGAGAUCCUGGAUGUCCCGUUGGUGGAGGAGCGGCCCUGUUGACAUUCCAGCGGACCCUGAACAUCUUGAUUCUCCACUGCUGGCCAUGUCCAAGGAAGAACGAGAUUCUCUGCUCAGAGCUGUCGACGUCGAUGCCAUCGGACCUGGGGACUCGUACGAGAGUUUCUUCUCGUCGACCAAUUCAGACCAGCUGCUCCUCUCGUGCGAGAUGGAGCUGAAUGCAUUCCGGUUAGUAGGCAGGAAGGAUUCAUUGUUUCAUGCUGUCUUCGCCAGUGAAAGCGGAUUCAUCAACCUCAAGAGAAAGUCCCAGGCAUUGGAAUUUGAAGCAGAAUUGAAGUCUAUCAACGUCUUGGAUCAAAUUUCAGAGUCGCCGGUCUGUUGGGUGUCGACGAGCGGAAAUUCUGACUGGCAACCGCUUUUGAGAUGUUCUUUCAAGACAGAUUGGAGUGAAAGACCGUCGACAGCAAGCUUGACUAUCAAGUCAAGCUCAAUAGAAGUUGUUGCAGCGAAUGAUUUCAUUCGAAACUUCAUUGAGUUCUCAAGUGUGUUUGAAGGUGCUGUUGCGAGUGAUAUGCACAAGCCGAAGCUCAUCACGGACUCGAGAAAUGUCGACAUCUCUGAAACUGCCAUACACGCUGUCCGUGGAAUCAUUUGGCAUCUUGAUGUGGAUAUGCACGCUCCUUCAAUCUACAUCAGCCCUACAGGUUUGAGCAACAUCGGGCAGAACCUGAUGUCCAUCCGAUUUGGACGCUUCCAAAUACAUCAGGGCGAGGUUGAGGGAACCUCUGCAAGUAGCGGGUACAAACUGCGAUUGGAGAACGUGGGUUUGGAAGUGAUGUAUGACGUGACUCUUUCGGACUCGGAACUCUUCAUGCAGUCAAAACGAAGUGUGUUGAACGACACAGGAGUCGAGGGAAGCCUGAUCCUGCAUCAACACGACCUUCAUGGUUCCAAAGAUUUCGACUAUGUACUUGAUUUGAGCGUGCACGAUGUGCAUCUCAAUCUUGACAAAGGUUCCCUCGUUGUCAUGCAGUCGAUUCUUCGUACUUGCUCGGCAAAUGUCACUCUGCACAAUGAUUUGACCUUUCACGAUCUCGAUUCUCACUACCUCCUUGUCAAGGGCUUGAAGUCUCAGACUGGCUGGUGCUACAGAUACAUGUCUGUAGUGAAUGGCACUCUUGUGAUGCGCACUCAACAACAUACUGUCUUCCAUGAACAAUACACCCUGAAAGAUGCAGUUGUCUCAUCUGCUUUCGAAGACGGAAAUCCGAUCAUUGUCAUAACACCUUCAGCAAACUCUCAGCACAAUCAAACAUUGAAGCUUUAUGCUGGCCAUGCACAUUCCUCGCUCUUUUCCAAACUUAACAAACUACGAGAAAUGUUGAAUCCAUCAAGAGAAUUCUGGACUCCAAUGCAGCCUGGAUCCCUAGUAACAGAUCUUGAAAACUCUAACAAGAAGGCACCUGGGAACGAAGCUUCCAGAUUGACCUUUCUCAUCCGAUCUAAACAUGUUGAAGUCACAAUAGAAGACCCAGCAGCAGACUCUACUACGGUCAGCCUGAAGCUGAACGACCUGACCUCUACAUUGGAGCUGCUAGAGUCGUGUGACUCGUUUGAAUUUCAGUUCGAGAACUUGGAGAUCGCUCGAUACCAGGGAAGUAACCUUGUAAGGGAGUACUUCAGCAGGAGAACCGAUCAUUCGGACUUCAACUUCGGCUUGUCGGUGAAGUACAGAUGGGACAGGGCACGUCAUAUGCUGCCGGAGACAGAGGUUGACCUAUCAGACCAUGAGAUCAGCAUUGAUGUCGGUCUGCUCAACACCGUGAGAUCCUUGAUGGUCCUCCUUCAGAGUACCGAUGAGCGCGGUCGGACUUCAGAUGAAGGUUUGCAGCACACUCAAGGGAAUGUUGGGGCUCCUCGUUUCCAAGUGCCCGCCUCCUUUGUGAUAAGCAACACGUCUGACCGUGCACUGACUAGCAGCUCAUGCUGGAAAGCCAAAGGGUUGCUAGUCAAACUCCUGGGAGGGGGAGGAUUGAGGGAAUACUCGCUGUCUAUGAACGACUCAAGUUGGGGCACGAGUUUCUUUGGUGAUGGAACGAUUGAGCUAAAAGGAAAGCUCCAGAGCGUCGAGCUGAAGGAUUUGACAGCUCCAGAUCAUUCUCAUGCAUCAUUUCUCGACGUCCGAUCCAAGACAGAGUCGUUUGUGAACUUCGAUGUCCAAAUCUUUGACCAGCACUCGAUCUCAUCCUCCAUCACAGGGCAAGCAUGGAAGCUUUCUAUCCACCAGCCCAGACUGACUCUCUUGUGGCGGGCAGUGCAGGAGAUCCAGGAGUUCGCCAGGACAUUCACAAGUGGCGAGCAAUCGCCUCGUGAAGAAUCAAAGGACGAUGGGAAUGCCAACAAGAUCGCCGUCAAGCUUGACUUCAUUCACCCUGAGAUCUACAUCCCUCGCAACUCAUACCUCGAUGAAGGCUUGCUGAUCGACCUGGGGCUCUUGCACGUAGAGAACGAGAGCGGUCUGUUGGCUUGGAAUCUAGAUUUCCGAGAGAUGUCACUGUCAACGCUCUUGGACGAAGCUUCGAUCACCGCGAUCUCUCGGAACUUUGACGUGUCCGCCAAGAUAUUCCUCUUUCUCGACAAGUCAGCUGACGUUGUUCUUGACCUCAAGACGCGCACCAUCGAGGCUGCCAUGGACGAAACUCAACUUGCAACCCUGAUGUCUGUCCUCGGAGAAAACUUCAGUGAGCGCAGAAUCUGUGAUGGCGCCGUGAGUUUGGAAGAUCAGAACCGUGCACAAGUACAGAGCACACAGGCCAACAAGAAAACCAUACAGCGCGACAUGAUGCGGGUUUCAAUCGCAAUUCCGCACCUUGACUUUGAGCUGCUCUGGAAGAAAGAGACAAGAGAAACGUUCCUGUCCGUGACAGCCCAAUCUGUCGACGUCACCUACUCAGCAUUCUACGAGGGUGCUGACCAGCGAUUGUAUGAAUGUCAAGUGGCUCUGGGCAAGGCAUUUCUUCUUGACCAUGGAGAUCCUGAAGCAACGAAGACCAUCUUGUCUGUCCCGGCGGAGUCUCUGAGAGCUGGUGAUUGCGGAACAGACAAUCUCAUCUCUUUACAGUUCGUCAAGCAUGUCAGUGGGGAUAUGAAAAUCAGCUUCAACUUUGAGCGUGCGGAGGCCAUUGCAGACUUGCGGUUGUUGAUGCAAGUCAUCCGUUGGAUCUCAGCUAAGCCCUCUGAGUUCCGAGACUCGACCAACACCAUGACAUACUCUCGAUCGAUUGCUGGAUCCUUUGCGUUCCGAACAAAGUUCCCAAACGCCAGAGUGUUACUGUACAGCAGAAGAGACGGGAGGAAGCGAGGAACUUUCGAUCUCGGGGGAGGCUUCUGCUUCGACUAUGAGAUGCGGGAGACGGACUCAAGUAUGAGCUUCCUGGCUUCCGAUGUCUUCAUGACCUUGUGCGAUGGCGUUCUUGCCGACGUGUCUGACAAGAGUCUGCAAAUAUUGAAGCCAUGCAGCUUGUCAAUGACUCGAAGAUCGGAGAAGGGCAAGACAGACUCGUCGCUUGUCAACACUCGAACGAGUAUCGAGUUUGCCAAGAUCAAUGCCAUCCUGACCUACAGAUAUGUCAUGCUGGGUUUACAGGUCCUCCAAUCCUUCCAGGAAGACCUCGUCCCUCCUUCGACAGUUGAGCAGGUGGACGGAACGGGACCUGCCGAGUCAGUGGAAGAAGUUGGCCGACAAUUGGAGUCCCUGGAAGUGAAAGGCAGGGAUCUUACUAUAUCGCUCACUGAUGACUUCCGCGGACGUUGGAUUCCGCUACUGCGUGCAAAGGCACCAAGACUUGAGAUGUCGGGCAGUCUGUCGAAGCUGUUGCUCAAGGGAGAACAGCUCAUGGUUGACUACUUCCACCACCCGACGUCGCUGUGGAAGCCAGCGGUCGAGCCAGUCAGCCUCGAAAUCUCUUAUCUCUUCAAAGAGGCCUCGAAGAACUUCGAGCUGCAUGUCCAAAGUGUGCAGAGUGAGAUUUUGGUACAUGUCUCUCGGGCAGGGAUCGAUUCGAUUUACGACUCCAUCCUGUCAUGGACCAGCGAUAAAGCAGGUCAAGAGCUCAAGGAUGGAGUUCGAUCAGACCAGCACAACUUUGUGCCCUACGUGAUCACCAACAACAUGGCAGAGACUCUGAUUUGCAUCUUGCAGGAUGGCACUGAGAACCGCCUGAGGAGCAAGGAGAGCUGUUUCCUCUCCUACGAGCAAGUUUGGAGUCGGCGAGACGCUCUGAGCACAUAUGCAAGGGACUACGACGAGACUGGAAUCAGCAACAUGGUCUGCCUGCAGCUGGAGGGCACCUCGCAGAUCUUCGGGACGAUGUCUCUAGAGGCCGAGCAGAGAUGCUCGUUCCAAGUCUCGCUGGACGGGGAUGAGACUCAUUGCUCGAUCGUCUGCCAACUGUCGUCCAGAGGAGGACAGAAGACUCUCGUGGUCAACUCUAUGGUGUCUCUGCAGAACUUGAGCUCGACGUCGAUAGCAGCCGCAGUGUCGGAUGGAGCAGACCUCUAUGAGCUGGGCUGUUUGAAGCCGAAUGAAAUCAUGUCAGUGCCCACCACGUUUGUCAAGAAUGGAACCUUGCUCUUCAAGCCUGUCGAUGAAGAUUGCCAGUAUCAGUGGUGCAAUGAGAUGUCGGAGGCAGUCAAUCUCAAGGCCCUUCAGGAUGGCACUUUCCGUCUAUUUCAGAUGGUCGACACAAGGUUCCAGAAGCUUUUUGGUAGCGAGCUGACGGUGGAGACGAGCUUGAUCAACUGGUAUGCUUGCGCCAACGACGUCGAAGGUCUGGGACUACGGCAAGGUGUCUUGUACUUGACCAACAACUGCCUUUGCCACUACUCGAACAUCAUGGGGCUUGAGCAGAAAGUAAUCAUUCCCUUCUCUGACAUCCUUGAGAUUUCCAAGUGCUACACCGCCUUUGUGUUCCCGAACGCUAUCAAAGUGAGGACGAGGGAGAGAACUUGGCACUUCAGGACCUUUCGGAACCGCGCGGAGACGUUCCGGUCCAUUGUCAAGGUGAUACCGAACCAGAGCGUUGCGAAGCUGGAGGACGACGUUGACGAGAAAGCCCGUGCUGCGUUUGCGCUUGACGACUCUGACGUCAUUCUGUCCAUGUACUCUUGCCAGAUGCACAAGGACCCGCACAUCAUCGAGGGCUACGCGCUGAUCACAACGUUGCACCUGCUCUUCAUGAACUACAGUGCAUCCAAACUCAUCAAACUUCCCUGGAAAGAGAUCUCUGCCAUAGAGAAGCGCAAGUCGUUUCUGAUACGGAACAACGCCAUCUAUGCGGCUACCUCCAGCCAGUCCCUCUUCAUCUCCAGUGGCAAGUGGGACCGCGACAAGGUGGUAGAGGAGGAGAUGAUGCCUCUGUGGAAGUCAGCGGUUGGCGACUCCAGCUCGUCCUUGUCUGAUGCCAGCGCCCCGACCAAGACCGUGCUGAGGAACAGGACAUUGACGUGUAGACGGAUGCCGGACAAGCAUGCGAGCCAGGCAAGCUCUGAGUACCACAGCAAGAUCGCUCGAUCGAGGGACGUGGUCACGUUCUCAGUCAGUGUCUUGGAUGCUCUGACGAUGAAAACCGGGUUCGAGCGUACCAUUGGCAAUCCCUUGACCAUUCAAUUUCAUUCUCCCUGGACUCUGGAGAACUUGACCCAGUCAGGCCUUGAGGUUCAGCUCAUCGAUCCUAUUGGUAACGUCAUCGCCAACUAUCAGCUCGGCUCCGGCUCUAUCGUUCACGUCAGCUGCUACGAUUUCCGUCGGAACAUCAACUGCCGGGUCCGGUUGAGCUCAGGGGCUAGUCAUGUUGACACGAACUGGUCGAGGGUGUUUGAAAUCUAUCACUGCGAGAACUGGGAGAACGAGUUGUCAGUCUCGGCCCCUGACCUUGAUGACAAGAGCUCUCAGGACAUCCGGGUCGAGGUCAAUCGAGACCCGGUCAGCUCGCAAGUUCGAGUUUGCAUGUACAACCGGUUCUGGCUCAUGAACCUGACGGGUCUGAGGUUGAUUUGCCAGAAGUUUACUGGUCUCGAUGUCACGUCGAAGCGCGAGCUGGAGAACGGAUCGCUGGUAGCCUACGAUGGGGAGGUAGAGUUCCGCCUUAGCGGCUUCGGGUGGUCAAACGCAGUCAACGUGCUGGACUCCAACCAACGUCGGCAGGCGAUCAGCCUGACUUCCGCAAGGGAUGAGCACCCGUUCGCGAGGGAGAGGAAGGCGCUAGACAACGAGACCGUCCAACUCUACAGCUCCAUGACGCCGGCCUCAGGGAAGUUCGACCGGACGGCCCUGGUGCUGCUCCUGCCGGCCAUCUUAGUGCAGAACAACUUGAGCAGGCCCAUCACUGUUUGGCAGCGGGAGGCUCACCCAUCCUCCUCCUCCUCCUCCUCCUCCUCCUCCUCCUCCUCCUCUGGCCGUAGGGACUUGCCGCACAUCCUCGUCAUGCCCAACACUCGCCAGCCAUUUCACCCUGAAGGAGCGCAAGAGAGCUGCCGAUUCUCAGUGACCCAAGGGCAGACCUGUGAAGCAUUCAAGAUCGCUUCCAUCUUCUCCCCUGACCUUGAUGAGCUCACGCUCUUGCGGACAGAAGAGAACGUUGUCGUGUCGGCAAAGUCCGAAGUCAGCGUCCACGGGUCAACCAUUAUCACUUUCUCAGAGGUCUCCUCCAAUGUUCCUCACCGGCUUGUCAACAACACUCCCUACCUCCUUGAGUUCCAGCAGGUCGGCAGCUCUUCCCAGCAGACCGUGAGCCUCAGGCCUUAUCAGGUCGAGUCUUUGAUCUGGCCGGACCCUUCUCUUGCUCCUCGUCGGCUCGUGCUCUGCCGCAUCGACCAUGUCGAUGUUCCUCGCUCCUUCGAGGUGGAGGUGGACAUGUUUCAGGCCAUCAGCCUCUACGGCAAGAAGAACAGAGACGCUCUUGUUGACAAGUUUGCGGCGAAUCUGCCAGAGAGGCAGCGAUACAAGUCAGGCUACGUCCUCUGUCAGACUGGCUCCUCGGCCGACUCAGUCCGGUCGGAUGUCCCACUUGCUCUUCUGCUCGAUGUCGACCAGCUCAUGGUGGCGUUUCAAGUCGUCGACCUCCUCCUGCAGGACCUUCGCUUCCACUGCAUCCCUCCCGGCGAUCUUGCGGACUGUGAGAUAUGCGCGGUCUUCACCAAGACGGCGGAGGAGAAAUGGAUGGUCAACGUGCUUGACUCGAAAGUGUUUGUGAUGGUGAACGAAGAGCACGUAACUAGCAAGCAGCUCAAAGUCGGAGAUCAAGUUUCUUUCUGCAUGAGAGCCGAUCUCGAGCUCUCGGACUCUGUGACCACCCUGUUCAGCCUCAUCCUGCUCCCGGCCGAUCAGUUCUACAGGCAGUACGUCACGUCGGUGUCACUGCUGUCCUGCUCGUCAAACCUUGUGGAAGGGACCAAGGAGCUCUCAUUCGGCAUAGGAAAGAACGUCUCCACCGCUCCCGAGGACGCGCCCAAGGACUUCACGAUCGUCUCCCUGUGCGCUCCUGUGCUCAAGAUCCUCUUAGAGGAUGACGCCAGCGGCUCCACGGAGGAGCUCCUGCACCUGUACCUGGAGGACGUGAAGGCGUCGGUGAUAUCAGACAGUGAUGCUCGUCAGAUCUCUGCCUCUGUCUUGAAGAUGCAGCUUGAUAACCAGCACGACAGCUCGACGUCUCUUCCUGUGGUCAUGUGCAUCAACGCCGACGACGGGGGCGGCGCGGCGCUCAACAUCGCGAUCGUGGAGAAGCUGGGGCAGGUGGGGAUCGAAAGGUUCUAUCAACACGUCCGGCUGGAGUUUGGGGACUCGUACUUGUUCGUGGAGGACAAGAUGGUAGUGAGGAUCGGAGAGUUCGUGAACAGGUUCCUUGCUGCCAGAGACGAUAAGGACGUGCGAGGAGGAGCAGACGCAAGCGAAGGGAUCUCCGAGGAGAUCAUGGUGCUGAAGAGUCGAUUCAUGGACGGGGUUUGUCAGGACGAGGCAGCUCCCACCGUCUUCAGCGACAACAUCGUCUUCCUCGAGGAUUUCCGGAUGAAGCCCUUGAACAUCCAUCUGACCCUCCUCUUCUCCGGUGACAGCAAGAGCAGCGCGAUUGUCCGCAAGUUCGCAGGAGCCAUAGUCGAGAGGAUCGUCAGGAAGAUCCGCAUCGACGACGUCGUCGUCAAGAUUCCUGCUAUGGAGGUCAAGAAGAUGCUCAACACAGAAAGCUUCUGCCUCACCCUCCUCUCUCGCCUCUUCCUCUCGAGUUUCUCCGACAGCUUCUUCAGCGCCAAGUUUGUUCUCAAGGGUCUCGACGCCUGGUCAGAUCGCGUGCUCGGACUACAAGUGGAAGGACAGAGCAUUGGCCACGUGCGGCUGAACAGGAGGCGACCAAUCCAGGAGGAGUGGGAGGAAGUGGGAGAGGAGGAGGGGGGCGAUUCCGUCGAGAGGGGAGCUGGGAGAACGUUGCUGUCCCUCCCCGGGAAAGCCUUCUCGACUGUUGCCUCAGCCCCAGUUCGUGCGCUCGGAGGGAUCAAGACGGGGGUGAAGGCGGGAUUUUCGACCCUCAACAACUUGUCAAACAAUCUUUGA